AGCGGGAUGAGUCUGUGCGAGUGAGAACAGGCGGCUGAACCUGCUGGAAAACUCUGCCCGUGAUGAAACUUUAACGACUUUCCUAUCGGUCACUCGUGUUGGGGCUGGUCUUGCUGGAGAGAGCUGAUGCACAGGAGGAGAUCGAGGGCUCUGACUCACCAACUGCGGCCGCUCAACGUUCCCAUCCCCAAAUGCCACCCGGGCUGGGGUCCCGGCCUCAACUUGGGAGCCACGGAGCGGCUGAACCCUCAGGCUGUGGUUUUGUGAUUGUCGAGCGACGCUUAAUCCAUGUUCUUUGGCACGAGGAAGGAAAUAAAUUAUAGAAUCAUAGAAUCAUUUUGGUUGGACAAGACCUUCCAACCCAAACUCCUCCUCUCCUUCCCCGUGUUCUGUUCCUCCUCGCGUGGGAGCAAACCUGCCCCGACCAGCACAAUUUGUUGUGUCCACUUUUAUCUGGGCCUGAGGCUAAUGGGAUUAUUUUGCUGUGGAAUAUCGUUGCGUCGGGAUUCCGUCCCUCUAGGCUCAGCUCAGAAACGUUUUUGUUGCAGAAUCCAGACGUCAAUUUGGAAACCAGUUUAUGGGGGAGGAGAGCAGUGAGGAUGAAUCGUUCGGAUCUUGUUUUAAUCAGGACAGGGCUCUUUUCUGCUUUCUCCCUCGCCUGUUUGCUUUUUAAAUAAGGAGACGGGGGUUCAGCAGCGUCAAAAGCGGCGAUUUCAAGCCGGUGCUUUUGCAGAGGAAACAGUCAAAACUUGCGCACGAUUCCAGUUGUUUCGGUGCCUCGGCUUAAUCCGGAGCUUGUCUUUAGGCCAGCGUUAUGAAGCCACGGCCCGGCCGCUUCCAGGCCCUGCUCUUUGCCGCUGCCGCUGCGCUCGUCGCCGCCAACGCUCCAGACCUGACCCCCCGCUUCAUUCUGGAGCCGCUCUCCACCAUGGGGAAGCGCAGUGAGCCCGUGCGGCUGCGCUGCGCCGCCGAACCUGCCACGUCCCGCCUGGGUUGGCUGUUCAAUGGGCAGCGCGUGGCCAACGCGGCCGUGGAGACCCGGGGAGGGUCCCUGACCAUCCGCUCCCUCGGGCCCAGCACUGCCGGCCGCUACCAGUGCGUGGCCAACACCAGCGCCGGUGCCGUCCUCAGCAGCCCCGCCAUCGUUUCCAUGGCCAGUCUGGCGGAUUUUGCUCCGGUGGCAAAGCCGGUGGUGGCGGCAGAGGAAGGCGGGACGGCGCUGAUCGGCUGCGACGUGCCCAAAAGUCACCCCAAGGCGCAGGUUCGCUUCCAAAUACGAGGAAAAUGGCUCGAAAAAUCAACAGACAAGUACCUAAUUCUCCCAUCUGGAAACCUGCAGAUUUUGAACGUGUCUUUAGAAGACGAAAGAUCCUACAAAUGUGCCGCGUACAACCCGGUGACCGGUGAUCUCCGAACAGAACUCGCCGGACAAAAGCUCAUCGUCACACGCGCCUCUCCCUCGCGCAGUUUCCGCAUCCUGCACCCGCUGGCCCCGCAGACCCUGGCGCUGCCGCGGCACAGCGCGGUGACGCUGGAGUGCGUGGUGGCCGGGCGGUUGGCGCCGGCACCGCGCUGGCUCCGGGACGGCCGCGCCGCACCGAGCGACGGCCGCUGGCACCUGCGCCACUCGCACCUCAGCACCGACAAACUGGAGGCGGCCGACACCGGCAACUACUCGUGCGUGGUGGGAGACGGAGCCGAAGUGAAAUACGUCAAUUAUUCGCUCACCGUACUCGAACCUCCCUCCAUCUCCAGGGGAUUAAAGGACGAAAUGGUGGCGGUCGACGCGACGGCGCAUUUCUGGUGCGAGGCCAAUGGGACCCCCACCCCAACCAUCUCCUGGUUCCGCGACGCGGCUCCGCUGCCACCGUCCCCGCGGCACCUCCCGGCCGGGACCCACCUGCGCCUUCGCGGGGUCACCGCGGCCGAUGCUGGCGUCUACCAGUGCGUGGCCACCAACGCGCUCGGCUCCGCGCUCUCCACAGGGAGACUCCGUGUCCGGCCGGGCAAAGGCUCUGGACCAGUUACCGUCUCUCUAGUCACACUGUCCCCCCUUCCUGAUUUCGAAACCGCUGCGGAAACUGAGGAAACUCUUCCCGACGACGUUGCCCAGCGCGAUUUUGCUGCCGAAACGGCUUCUUGGAGCUCGGCCCCGACCGAAUCCCCUUCGGCCGCGACGGAAAAAGCCGCGAGCGCCGCCGCUCCCCCCGACGCCCCCAUCAUCCUCAGCCCCCCGCAGACCCCAAAACCCGACACCUACACCCUGGUCUGGCGCUCAGGCCGGGACGGGGGUUCGCCCGUCAACGCUUAUUUUGUCAAAUACCGCAAGCUGGAUGACGGCGGCAGCGCGGCGGGGACGUGGCACACGGUGCGUGUGCCCGGCAGCGAGAACGAGCUGCGCCUUAACGAGCUGGAGCCCUCCAGCCUCUAUGAGGUGCUGAUGGUGGCGCGGAGCGCGGUGGGCGAGGGCCAGCCGGCCAUGCUGACCUUCCGCACCAGCAAAGAAAGAACCUCAUCCUCGAAGAACACUCAGGCUCCGUCUCCACCAGCCGGUGUCCCCAAACAUCCCGUCGUCCACGAAGGGACAAAUAACUUCGGGGUCGUCCUCCCGGACCCGUCUCGGCACAGCGGGGUCCCCGAAGCCCCCGACCGUCCCACCGUCUCGGCCGCCUCGGAAUCGUCCGUCUACGUCACCUGGAUCCCUCGCGCCAAUGGCGGUUCCCCCAUCACCGCCUUUAAAGUCGAGUUUAAGCGCUUGGGCCGGAGCAGCGACUGGCUCGUGGCGGCCGAGAACAUUUCACCCGCCAAACUCUCCGUGGAAGUUCGAAAUUUGGAGCCAGGAGAAAUGUACCGCUUCCGCGUCAUCGCCGUCAACAAUUUGGGUGAGAGCCCCCGCAGCGCCGCGUCCCGGCCCUACCAAGUCGCCGGCUUCACCGGCCGCUUCUCCAGCCGCCCCGUGGCCGGGCCGCACAUUGCCUACACCGAGGCCGUCAGUGACACGCAGAUCAUGUUGAAAUGGACGUAUAUCACGUCCAGCAACAACAACACCCCCAUCCAAGGAUUCUAUAUUUAUUACCGGCCCACAGACAGCGACAACGACAGCGACUACAAGAGGGACGUUGUGGAAGGUACCAAACAAUGGCACUUGAUCAACCACCUGCAGCCGGAGACGUCGUAUGACAUCAAGAUGCAAUGUUACAACGAGGGUGGCGAGAGCGAGUACAGCAAUGUCAUGAUCUGUGAAACCAAAGUGAAACGCACGCCCGGAGCAUCCGAAUACCCAACGAGGGACCUGAGCACCCCCCCGGGUCCCCCUGAGCGCGUCGGCGGCGCCGGCCCGGCCAGCGGCUCCGGCCGCGGUGGCGACACCUUGUACCUGAUCGUGGGCUGCGUCCUGGGCGGCAUGGUCCUCAUCCUCAUCAUCUUCAUCGCCAUGUGCCUCUGGAAGAACCGGCAGCAGAACGCCCUGCACAAAUACGACCCUCCUGGUUACCUCUACCAAGGGGCCGAUAUCAACGGGCAGAUGAUGGAAUACGCGGCUUUACCCGGUGCCACCCGCAGCAACGGCAGCACCCACGGCACCUUCGUCCCCAACGGCAGCGGCUGCCCCCACGUCCAUCGCCAGGUCGCUAACGGCGUCAACGGGGCGACCAACGGAGCCGGGUUGUACCCCGGGCACAGCGACUCCCUGUCUCGGCAUCCCCAUCGCCUCCUCAAUGGCGGCGGGAUGUACACAGCGGUGCCACAGGCCGACCCCGCCGAGUGCGUCAACUGCCGGAAUUGCCGCAACAACAACAGGUGUUUCACCAAAACCAACGGCGCUUUUGGCCCCGCGGCGCUGCCGCUCGUCCCCCUGGUUACACCGUGUCGCCAGGACAUGGAGCUGGAGCCCCUGGGCCACCGCGUCACCGUCACCAUGUGCGUGGCCGCCGGGGAGGAGCCGGCGGAGCGGCCGUGCUGCCGCGCCGGGGAGCCCCACGGCGACCCCUGCGCUCACUCCCCCACCCCGAGCGGCGUUUUGAGCUGGACCCCGUUGAUCCCGCGCUCCCCAGCCUGGAGUUUCCCCCCCGCCGGCCCCGGGGACGCGCGGCAGCUGCAGGAAACCUGAGCACGUCCCCCCGGAACGUCCCCGAACCCGCCCGGGACUGCAGCGGCUCCACAGGAGUGAUGGAGGGAUGUGAACUGAAACACAGAGACUCACUAUUUAUUUUUUGUAGUCGCGUCAUAUGAAUGUAUCAUGUUUUUUGUUAUUUUUUUUUUCAAAAUUGUCGCCUUUUUAUAUUAUUUAUGCCUUGAAUUUUAUUUUUUUUCCCGCGAAACUAGCCUGGUUACGUGUAUAAAAAAAAUGGUCAUAAUAUAAAGAAGAACAAUGGGAAAUCCCGAGUGUGUUUUCCGCAGCCAGAAGAAUCCGAUACAUGGAUUUAACAAACGGGUCCGAUUUUUACUAUUUUUACAUCAUGGUACUCGAUAUUUUUGGUUGGUUGGUUUUUUUCGCGGCAAAACCCGGUGGGAAAACAAGAAAAUAAAUAAGAAAACUCAACUUUGGCUGAAUCUGCAA